GUCAGCAAGAGAGGAGAAGUGAUUGAUGUGCACAACAGUGUGCAAAUGGUGACAGUGGGCAUUACAUUCAGCAGCCCCAACCUCACAAUUCCUGAUGUCAUGCUGCUGGCAAGGCCAGCGAUGAGCUGUGCGGUCAAUGCCAGACAUGACAAACACACACAGGGAAGGGGCUUCAAGUCGGCAGAGAGCUUGGAGCUGACCAGGCUGCUUCCUUUGAGCUUUGUAAAGCUAUCCAUCUAUAAUUAUGAGAAACAACAAAUCCACUUGAAGUUUGUCACUGGUCGCUCUUUUUACCUACAACUGUGCACCCCUUCAGAUACAAAAGAAGACCUGUUUGCACACUGGGAAGACCUGGUGUACAUUCUGAGACCUCCGGUGGAGGCUUACAGUGGUACCCAGGCCGAACCAGUUGGCGACAUGAUGGACAUACCUGUGCUGGACGCAGAGGAUAAGCGGAGUCCAGCA